AGGAAGCAGGAAGAGCCGACCCUGCUCGGAGCCCAGCUGCUGGGGCCUGGGGACAGCGCGAUGGAGUCGGUGGCCCUGUACAGCUUCCAGGCCACGGAGAGUGAUGAGCUGGCUUUCAACAAGGGGGACACACUCAAGAUCCUGAACAUGGAAGAUGACCAGAACUGGUACAAGGCUGAGCUCCGAGGCGCUGAGGGCUUUAUUCCCAAGAACUACAUUCGCAUCAAGCCCCACCCGUGGUACUCGGGCAGGAUUUCCCGGCAGCUGGCUGAAGAGAUUCUGAUGAAGCGGAACCACCUGGGAGCCUUCCUGAUCCGGGAGAGUGAGAGCUCCCCAGGGGAGUUCUCAGUGUCCGUGAACUACGGCGACCAGGUGCAGCACUUCAAGGUGCUGCGGGAGGCCUCGGGGAAGUACUUCCUGUGGGAAGAGAAGUUCAACUCCCUGAAUGAGCUGGUGGACUUCUAUCGCACCACCACCAUCGCCAAGCAGCGGCAGGUCUUCCUGCGGGACGAGGAGCCCCUGGUCAAGUCGCCCCGGGCCUACUUUGCCCAGGCCCAGUUUGACUUCUCGGCCCAGGACUCCUCACAGCUCAGUUUCCACCACGGUGACAUCAUCGAGGUCCUGGAGCACCUUGACCCCCACUGGUGGCGGGGCCGGUUGGGUGGACGCAUUGGCUUCUUCCCUCGGAGCUACGUACAGCCAGUGCAACUGUGACCAGAGUGGGGCCCGGGGGUGGGGGCGGAGCCAGAAGACCCUCCAUCCACCAGACACUGAGGUCCAGAGAGAGGACAUGGACGCCCCGUCUCCGGGGUCCCACAGGGCUCAGCCAAGGGUCUUGGACUAGAGCAACAAAAGCCAGGCCCCCGGCUCAGGCUGCUUCACACAAACUGGGCCCAUCCCAAGAAUCACGGCGAUAUUCGGUGCCUAGCAGGCAACGGGAGCUCCCGGUGCUUCCUCCUGGCCUCUUCCCAUUGGCUACCAGCUGCGGGGGCUCUGGGGCAGGGCGGCAGAGGCCCCACUCUCUCCAACCAUGAGUGGCCCCAGCCUCAGGGAGAGUUGAAGGUUGCUGGGUUACAUGCAUUUGGGGGCUCUGCCCAAGGAAGCACGGGUGUGGUGGAUGGGUUCCACCUCGGCUGACCAUCUGCUGGGCUGCUUGCCUGCCCCACCCUCAGAUGGCCCCUUGAGGUGUCCUGGCUCCUAGUGGUGAGGGCCAGGCCCGGGGGCUGCACACCUCCUGACCUGGACCAAUGGACUGAUUCCAGGUUGACACCGAUUUCUGGGCUGCCCCACAAAACUUUGGGCUCCACUUGGGUGUCUAGCACCCCCUCACUCUCCGCCUCGCCACAGACACUUUGGAGAGGGGCUGGGAGGCCCAGAGCAGGUGGGCAGUGAUGAGAGAAACAGGAGCCGCUCCCCUCCCGCUGGCCGGACACAGUGGACAAGCUCUGAGGUGCAGGCCCUGGGCACAGCCCCUUGGAAGGACCCUCUACCCUGGCUCUUGUUUGUUCUGCUCAGACUGGGGUGCCCCCCCACCGAGUUCGGGGAAACUAUAGGCCAGGUGGGCGGUCAGGGCCACGACUGGACUUGGAGCUCUCACGGAAUGGGACCCUGGCUUGAGGAAAGGCAGGGUGUGCAGACAAGAUGGGCAAGCAGCAGCAGGUAGCGAGCAGCACUGGCCUGGGGCCUGGGCACCUUUGGGAGCAGGGAGAGUGAGGGGGGCUCUGAGAGCGCUUUGAAUGCCAGGCUG